GAACGCGCACCGCGCUCCAUUCUGGCUCAGCCUCAAUGAUUGAAGGCAUGGUGUAGGCCUUUGAUGGGUUUGUUUGGAAGAAGCGGGUGUUCAGGCUUGGAGGGGCAAGAAAUGGAAAUUUUGGCGCGCCCCCAAAGGAGUUGAGAUUCGAGAAGUUGCCGUGACUCAGACCACGUCCGCAAUAGUUGAAGAACUUCAGACCCCGCAUCAACGAGGCAGAGGUGAUGUCUUUAAUAGAGCUUCCACGGUCACGGCCGGCUCAAAUAUCCUAAUUGACACGUUUCGCUUCUCUUUCUGGUCGAUCGACAACCCUGCAGCAGAGCGAAAAGCUGAGAAAUUGAGGGUCUGGAUGACGAAACCGUAGCUGGGGGCCGAGAUGGAGCCAAGACCACAUGGAGUCAAACGACAGGCCGAUUCAACCCCGGACAACGAUCAGCGGCUGGCAAAGAGGUUUGAAUUAUUAGAUAUUGAGCAAAAUGGAAAGAAGAAACUCUACGUUCCCGUUCAGUCGCCAUCCUCGGCUUACACUCCCAAACACUCGUCACCAUCUAGUGAUUCCAUGCAAUUAGAUGACACCAAAGACAGAAUUUAUAUUCACAAUCUCGACGAAGAGCUUGCAGAAGUCGACUCGGAUGAUGACAAGGUCAUUUUUCUUCCAGACAUUGAGAGACGUUUGACCAAGAUUCCCAAGUCAGUCUUAAGGUCUCAGAACCCUCCACCGAUUGGAAACAAUGAGCUUGUGCUCUACUCUGUACCCGAAUCUUUAUCAGUACCUGCGGAGCAUGACAGUGUCCGCCGUGCAAUUAUUGAGGCACGACAACGCAUCCGCGAGAAGCAGGUGCAGGAGCAAAAUGAGACAGCAAGAGGAGGAAUGCCAAUUGGCCACGAUGACCAAGAGCGCAGCAAAGCCGAGACUUAUAUGCAAACGUCUCAGCAUACUCCAGAAACCAUACCGUUAGACAAUGACGGUGAUGCCAUGGAGUUGGAAUAGACACCGCAUAAUGCAUUAGAAGGAGUUCAGGAUAUUCAACGUCGUCAGCAACUUGGAAGCAUAUAUCAGGCCACUUACACCUAAAUAGCAUAACGUUAUCAUCAAUUUUGUGAGCGAUCAAUGAACUAUUUGUAUUUCAUUACUUGAAUAAGUACCAGUUGCCUCAUAUGUACCCGCGCCUCGAGUUCUAUCUCGAACUCUGGUGAUCUCAAUUACGCAUACUUCAGACAAAAGAUGACGGUGAGCACC